AUGGAGUACAUGGGAAGCAAUAUAACAUACAACAAAGACAUAUACAGUGAGUUUAAGUACUACUGUGAACAGCAUGAGAUUGAAGUAAUGAGUAAAGGAGACUUUGAAACGCUUAUGAAAGACAGUAAGGAGGUCGUUCAUGAGAACAGUAUUGAAAUAGUUCAUGAGAACAGUGAGGAGGUCAUACAUGAGAACAGUGAUGAAAUAGUUCAUGAGAACAGUGAGGAGGUCAUACAUGAGAACAGUGAUGAAAUAGUUCAUGAUGUCGUUCGUGAAGAAGCCAUUGCAACAAAGAAUGAUAUAAAGGAUUUCAUAGAACUUAACAAGGAGGAGUUUAAAGAAGGCUAUGAAGUGAAAAGAUGUGAAGAAGAUUUCUUGGCGUAUUUGAAGAAAAAGAGACUAAAGCCAAUGGCUCAAAAUAAGUUUCAAUCGAUGUUUGAAAAGAAACGUUUGAGCUAUGGUGGUGUAAGAAGCACAUAUUACUUUGUUAAGAAGUGA